AUGACCACUAGUGUCUCGAAUAUGUCAAACCCAAACACACCUCUGGCUUACUUGACUGACAUCGCCGAGCAUCGCAAUGACGUCCUGGUCAACGGCACGAUAAAGGCCGGUGAAGUCGGCAAUCGUGAAGAGAGGGUGUUGAAUAUCAGGCAAUUUCUCGACAUCGAGACGCUGGUCGGGUCCUUUGCACAGCAGAAAAUGGCCGAAGAUAAAUUCGCAGCUGUCGAAUGCUUGUUGAUAGAGCUGACCGAAGUAAAAGUCGAGGGCUUACUUGACUGGUAUCGAGUAGCGAAUAAAGGAGCGACACCUGAAGAGGCAUUGGGUAGUGCUCUAGCGGAUACGUAUGGGGAUGACGUGAUGGCCCAGGCGAUCGUACGUGCAAGCAUCAAGAAGAAGGCCAAGAUAGGAGCCCCUUUGGAAGCAGUAAAAGACGCAAUGAUUGCAUGCUGGAAUGCAGAAGGGCGUACGACGAAUGAGGUUCUUCAGUGGCUAGAGCGAGACAAGCCAUCAAGCGACAAGGACCUCUUCGACUACGGGAUCGCUAAACUCCUGACAGGGGCUGACACAGUGCACAAACACGUGGCAGAAGUUCUUUUGGAUCAUUUCGAGGGAGAAUACGUUCGAUUCUUCGUCGCUCUUGUGCGAGCAGAAAAGAAAGAAACCGCAGACGAGAGCGUUAUGAAAGCCUGUUGGGACUGGCUGCGUUCGAAGCAUCCAGAUUAUGCUGUCGAGCAUGAAGCUUUUCGCACUUUGAUGGAUCCUAGCCCGGAGGGGAAUAAAUGGGCCGAAGCAGAGGAUCACCUCUUUGGCUGGCCAACCAAAGACGAAAAAAAGGAGAUCUACGAAGAGCUUACGAGCGGACCGGUGUCUGGCAAUUAG